AUGUCUUACCGACCAUCCCAAGAGAACCGGCGCCAUUUAUCAAGCAUUGAAUUGACUUCUUCAUGCACGGAUUCCGAGGAAUCUCAGCUUCGUCCUCGAGACAACACAUUGCCUUAUCCCCCAGGGUUGGCAAAUUUGGGCAACACUUGUUACAUAAACGCAACUCUACAGUGCUUACUCACUAUUCAGCCUCUUGUUGAUUGGCUUAUCAGCCAACCAGAAAGGUUAUAUCACCAAAAUCCAAACCCUGAUAGCCCUCUCCUAACGCCGGUUCUAUCAAAAUUGGUUGUGGCAAUCUUUCAAAACAACUAUAAUUUUGAACUGGAGGAAUUUCGGCGAGUUAUCGGCGAACUCGUCAAGGACUUUAAAGAGCCACGGGAACAGGACGCUCAGGAAUUUUUGCUCUUCCUUCUCAAUCGACUGCACGAUGAAACAGUAGAUUACCAUAACGCUCGUGGUCCUGCCACUUCAGAAAUUUUGCGAAUCUUUGAAGGCACGUUACAAACCCAACUCUCUUAUCAACAGCGUAAAAAAAAGGGGUAUUUUUUUCGUUACAAACCGUCUCCUAAUGAAACGAAGGGCAACUCUGAAGUUUUUCUCUCCCUCUCCGUCCCAAUACCAGUAUCUGGAAACAAACUGAAAGCGGCCACAGAUUUGUUAGACAGCAAUGCUUGCGAUUUGAAUAUUGUGUUCAACGAAAUCUUCAAUGGCAAUUCAGCGUUAUUUACCUUAGUUCUUCUCUCGUUACAGUCUGUUUGUUUCCGCCGUCUGCUGAAGGUGCAUCCAAGCACGGACAUUCAGAGUGUUUACAACCAGGUUCUCUCUUUCCCUCCCAUUGGUAGCACUGCCACCUCUGCAGCUUCCCCGUCCUCCCUCACGUCUUUGCAAACAUCAGGAGGCGGAUAUCCUCGGAACCCCAAGGAAUCCACCUACGAAGAAUUCCUCUCCGCAUCCUCCUCUCUUUCUGAUCCCUUCAUCCUUGUGCAAGCUAAAUCGACUGGCUUUGGUGAAUGGUUUUUGGAAAGUUCCGGCCUUGCUGUCGACUUGACGGAUGGUUUGAACAUGGAGGACGAUUUCUUCACAAAUUCACAUGUGUUGGAAACGGUGAAACGAAGCCUCCUCAACGGCGAUGCCCUUUUCAUCGUUCGCCUCAACAGCAAACCGCCAAGUGAAGAAACACAACUUACUUCUUCUUCCUUUUCUCUAAACAAAACCAGCAACUUGGAUAUUGAUGCAGGGCAACAGGUGUUAAACUCCUCUUCCUCUAGUGCGGUGGAGAGCAGAAUGCAGCUUCUUUUGAUUCACGUGGAGGAACGUGAGAACCGUAAACUCUUUCACUCCCCUUCUGAAGACAAUAACGUUGCUCGAGCCGCGAGCUUUCGAAGAUUCUCACCUCCUCUCAGCGUUAAUGUUCCCAAUGAUAUCCGUUUCGAUUGCCUGCGCCUUCUGGCGCUGCAGUCGCUGUUAGAUAUUUGUGACAACCGCCCUCUAACCGAGUCAAUGUUGACAAGUGAAUCAUAUCGCAAUGUCUGUUUCUGGAUUGUCGAUGCGGCACCUGGCGAACCCUGCGAGCUAGACUCAAGGCAGGAGUUUCCGUUACUUCACUCCACCAUUGAGGUAUCUUCCAUCACUCUGCCAAAGUGGCUGUCCACGGAGAAGGGCGAAAGUCCUCGCCUUCUUCGUCUUUUAGUCGUUUGGCCAUCUCUACCUGUUGAUCCCAUGCGAACGUUCAAAGUAAAUACGGACUUAGCGCUUAAAGCGUUUUUGACCGAUCCCAAUGUCGCCUCGGACUGCAACUCGCGUUUUACCAAAUCAAACAGCUUUGAAGACGCAGAUUUAACUAUAAGAAGAUGCCUUGAGGAGUUCAUCAAGACAGCAAAUGUGACUCACACUCAACCAUGUGACACCAACGAGAAGAAUCCAACGACUGUUGUGCUAAACACUUGGCUUGAAAAAGCACCAAAAUACCUCAUUCUCCACCUUAAUCGAUUCGUCCAUGUGCCUGCGUCUAGUGCGGGUUACUGCCGUCCUCUUCACUUUUCAACAGACCGCGGGAAUAGGAACCUGAGCAACAAUGAUUCGAGCAAGCUAGUGUACGACCUUGUGGCUGUCUGCAAUCACAAGGGUUCAAUAGAGACGGGACACAUUACUGCCUAUUGUAAAAGCCUAGUUUCCGGCCAAUGGUGGCAUUACAACGACCUCAAAGUUCAAAAAGUCUCUCCCGACCAGGUUGUGCAACCUGGCGCCUACAUUCUCUUCUACAAGAAGCGUAAUGCCGAUGUGGGCGAUAUCCGUGAGACUGUGAAAAAGUUAUAUGAAAUCUCUAAAGGGGGGCGAGAUCGGGAGGUGGCAAGCAGGUCUCCAUCUUCUGUUACCCCGGCUACCAGAAAGCGUACGUCCUCUACCCGUCCUUCCACUUUAUUCAGUUGGCUGUUGAAGCGGCCACGACGGUAG